GCAGCAUGAAUGCAUUUGCCCCCAGCAACCUAUUAGGCAGUUUUUUCUUCUGUACUGAAAAUUAGCCGUUAUGGUGACCAUGGUUGCAUUUGUAUGUAACGAUAAGCCAGAAUUCUGGCUAUCGCCUUUUCCCAUCACCUGGAAUGACAAAAAAUUUCAAAUUAGGAACUGAACAGCAAGAGGGCUGGUGUUCUAUUGGAGUGUAGGGAUGCAGGUGGCGCAGAGGUUUAAACUGCUGUGCUGCUAGGCUGGUUGAUCAAAAGGUCGCCAGUUUGAAUCUGCACAACGGGUGAGUUCCCAUUGCUCUGUCCCAGCUCAUGCCAGCCUCUAUUGGAACCCUGCUACAAAUCAGGAAAUGGAAACCAGCUGCAUAGCCCAGCUUCGUAUACUGGCUUGUUAGAGGAGUGACAACCAGGAAACCCAGUUCAAAUGUAGCACAGACUUUUGACUUCUGAUGAGUUCUUGGUUUAUUUAUCCACUCCUCUUAGGAAUAGCUAAGUAGGAGCAGUUGGCCAGCAUGCACAAGCAUUCUGCUUGCAAACGAUAAGUCAGGAUCAGAUUCUCUAGAAUUCUGAUUUAUUUAACGUGAAUGCUGCUGAUUUCUUGAAUUAUACUUUCAAGAAUGUGACCAGUCUUUCAGUGUUUGCCACAAUAGGGCUGCCUGCAUUGCUGUAUCAUUACUGGGAUGUAUAGAACUGAUAAGUCAGUUGCUUAAAUCCAAAUCUGGGUGUGAAUGGAAGUCCAUUUACACAGCAGAGCUCUCUUGUAUCUCCUGUAUACUGCAACCCCCUUCAUCUUUUCCAAAGCCAUUCUUUGAUAUUUGCACAAUUUUGACUGAUUUCCCCCUCUGCCAGCAUGGACCCUGAUUACAAAGGGCAGCUUUUGUGGUGAUUUAUGAUCAGGAGUGCAGAAAGGAGGACAGGAACGUCCUUUUAUUUGAGUACUUUUUGGGAUCCAGUUUAGUAUAACUUACUUUUUAACAUUUCAAGGGAAGCAUUUAGUUUUUCGGAUAUCUUAAUAGCAUGAGUUAAUAAACUCAUUUAAUAUUUUAAUAAACUCAUGAGUUACAGCCUACUUCACCAGCUUCUAUGGGCAAAUGCUAUACUUAACCCUUGAAUCUGUAAACAGAAGGCUAACAGGGCUAUACUAUAUUAUUGUAUUUUAAAAUGUACAAGAUACAUAUAAAAAUAUAAAAUAGCUAACAUUGUAUCUGGAAACAAAAGAUUUCUACUUACCUGUAGACACAGGAUAAAGUAUUUUGUUUGAUUUCUUGCUUGUCUUUUUUAAAAAAUACAGUAUUCCUUAAAAAACACAGAGCUUAUUAUCCAUUGCUUGAUAAACAAGCAAAGCAAGAAAGCGACCAAAGACUAAGCUGCUUUUUGAGUCCUGUGACUCCUGUGUUGCAGAAAAAGUAGUUUAUAUUUCAUUACUCUCUGGUUUUGUUCUAAUUCAUUUACCUACAUUCAGCUUACUUUCUAUGCUAACUUGGUUGCUUAAAAGAAAAUCUAACUUCUAACUGCUUCCUUUCCCUUCUCACAUGUAGCCAUUGCUGCUUACGUGAGAAUAGUGCCUGUAUCACAGGAUAUGUUCCAUGGGGUAUGGUCACAAUUAUGCCCGUCAUAAUUAAGCUAUUUAUGAGUUGAAUAAAUUCAACAAAGGCAUGGUGUAGGGGAACUAGUGAUAAACACAGACUGCAGUAUUUGAAUUGUCCUAGCUGUUUGCUAUAAGUAAUAUAAGCACUGAAAUGGGUGUCCAUAACUAACAGCAGAUAGGGAAUUACUUGUAGCGUUUUUAUACUAUUGCUGAGCUGAAAGGAGCCAUCUGAACAGGAAUCUCUCUCUCUCAUGCACACAUGUGCAGAGAAAAAGAAUAUAUGAGGAGGGGCUGAGAGGCAGAAAGAAGAUAUGGUAAAAAGGAGGAAUUAGAUGUACAACUAUCUACAGAUUUACAGAGAUUUCCAUUUGUUUGAUGAUUCCAUUUUUUCUAUCUGACGGAGACCUGCAGGAGAAUAUAAGAGGGAAUGGAUUUUGCUGGUUUUUGCAGAAAAGCUUCAGUAUUCCUCUUUCAUAAUAGCUAAUGAGUCUCUCAUGUAAGAGAAUAGUGCAUGCUCAAAUUACAUCUUCAUGCACAUGAUUUCAUAUAUUAAUAGCUGGCUGAUUCUUUGAGUGCUGGUCCUUCUGUAACUAACAUGUCAACAUCCACACACAAGUGGGAGGUAUGAACAGGCUUGAGAAAUUUGCUGAGGUGCAGAAGAUUCCCAGGAGAGAAAUCCUCCAAACAGUGAAAGGAAACUAAAGCUUGCUAAAUAUGCACAGAAUGUUGGAUGACUGCUUGCAGGGGUAAGCAUGUAAAAUGGGGUGUGGAGAAGGGAUGGUGUGAGUACCCAUUGCACUGUUACUCAAAGAUUAGGUAAAAUGUUCAGAUUAAGUACAAAUAGUCCUUAAAGCAGUGAGGUUCAAAGAUAUGUCCUUAAAGUUAUAUAUCUUGGUAGGGAGGAAAGAUAACUUACUAAUAUAGAAGCCAUGACAAUAUGAAUAUUCAAACUUCAUUAACCCAAAUAGUUUUGUUUACUGAUUUCACUCCUUGCAUGGAGCUAUAUAUAAAGGAGCACUGCCUGACUCACACAUUGGUUUGGAACAUACCUGACAUCUUUUUAAAAAUAUUCAAAUUGCCAUAAGAUACCACUGUAACUCAUUUACAAGUUGAGGUCCUGAGAGCUGAUACAGUGAAGGAUAUGAAAUGUGUAUCUUGCAAUUUCCAAGUCAAUUUUUUCCUGCACAGUUAUUUUACUGGGUGGUCUUGGACAAGCCAGCCUCAGUCUCCCUUCUGCAAUAUCUAUUCCUUUGCCUGCGCUCAUGGAACUGAAUAUGCUAAAUGCACAAAUGCUGAAAUUGCAUACAAGAUCGCAGUAUUUGCUGGAUCGGGAUUAUCACAAGGUUUGCAGACAUUCAUGCCCACCCCUCAAAAAUAGAGAAGGAACUGGGCCAGUGAGGAAUGAGCGUGCACACUGGAUCCAGAACACUGACUGCUGGAGUGAGGAGAAUCAGGUGGGAAGAAGAAUGGGACCAAGUGGCUGGAACCCUGAACUGAAGCACUCCUGUAACAGGUGGUUGCAGGACCCCAUUUCUGGGGAUAAUAAUAAUGGCUUACCUGCUGUGGUUGCUGUAACAAUGGAUAAAAUAAUGUAUGUGUAAUGUUUGGAAACGAGAGCAAACAACUUCAACUGAGAAAAUCCUGUGUGUACAUUACACAGGCUAUUUUAAAUAGCUGACAUUUUCUCAUCUUCAUCGCCUGUCUGUGAACUGUAUCGCAAGAGGAUGGCAAGAUUCAGAGCAGCAAUCCUGCUAAGUGUGCCUCUCUGCUAAGUUUGGUGUAUCUUAAAUGUAUAGAUACCAAUUCCUCAUUCAUGGCAUCCCUAAUGAAAAGAAGAGGUCUGGUUUUCAUAGUCUGACAGAAGGCGGAUACAGUGCUCAGAUUAGCAGUUUGAACAAAAACCUGGCAGAUGGAGCGGCAUUCUUUCUAUCCAUAGGCUGCUUUCCACAAAAGCACUAAGUUAGGACCCAGUGGAAAUGUUGCCUGAUCAGACUAACUUCUUCUUGAGUAAUGGCCAAUCGCUGAGCAGCAAGAGAAGAAGAGCUGUGAGUAGGAAGCCCUGAAAAGCGGGUUUAAAAUAUUAAAUCAGAAACGCAGCAUUUCUAGCCAUGGACACUCUGCUAGAGGCAAGGUGCUGGACAUGCAGCUGAUUCAGUGCUUAAACCAGGGGGUGCUAACACAGCUGGAGGCUGCAGGACUGGAGGAGAGUUGGAGCAGUGAUUUCCACAGAAUGCCUUAUUUUGCAAAACUCAUGUUCCUGAUCCUUUGCUUGGUCCUUCUUGCGGAGAGCAGGAAGCACCGGAGGAGGAGGUGGGCAGGACAAGUAGAAAUACAGAAAGCAAGCCACAUAUAUAAAAAGAACCACGACAUGACCAAAACUCGGACAGGAAAAAGCGAACAGCUCCUGAGAGUAGAUGAUCAUGAUUUCACUAUAAGGCCUGCUUUUGGAGGUCCUGCGAUUCCUGUUGGGGUAGAUGUGCAAGUUGAAAGCUUGGACAGCAUUUCUGAGGUUGACAUGGAUUUUACAAUGACCCUGUAUCUGAGGCACUACUGGAAGGAUGAGCGCCUUUCCUUUCCCAGUCAUACCAACAAGAGUAUGACAUUCGAUGGCAGGCUGGUGAAGAAGAUUUGGGUGCCGGAUGUCUUCUUUGUUCACUCUAAAAGAUCCUUCAUUCAUGACACAACCACUGACAACAUCAUGCUGCGGGUGUUCCCGGAUGGCCACGUGCUCUACAGUAUGAGGAUCACAGUGACAGCAAUGUGCAACAUGGACUUCAGCCGAUUUCCACUAGAUUCACAGACAUGUACACUGGAGCUUGAAAGCUAUGCCUACACAGAUGAAGAUCUCAUGCUAUACUGGAAAAAUGGGAACGAAUCCCUGAAAACAGAUGAAAAGAUUUCCUUGUCUCAGUUUCUGAUACAAAAAUUUCACACGACCUCCAGACUUGCUUUCUAUAGUAGCACUGGCUGGUACAAUCGCCUCUACAUUAACUUUACGUUACGCCGCCAUAUCUUUUUCUUUCUGCUCCAAACUUACUUUCCCGCCACGCUGAUGGUCAUGCUGUCCUGGGUGUCAUUCUGGAUAGACCGCAGAGCUGUGCCUGCAAGGGUUUCAUUAGGGAUCACGACUGUGCUGACCAUGUCGACCAUCAUCACGGGCGUCAACGCCUCCAUGCCUCGGGUUUCCUACAUCAAAGCUGUGGACAUCUACCUCUGGGUCAGCUUCGUGUUCGUCUUCCUCUCGGUGAUAGAGUACGCAGCAGUGAACUACCUGACCACCGUGCAAGAGCGGAAGCAGCGGAAGCUACGGGAGAGGUUUCCAUGCACUUGUGGAAUACCUUCUACAAAAACGAUGAUGCUGGACGGUAUAUACAGUGAUUCAGAUGCCAACAGCCUGGAAGGUUACCUGAGAGGCCAGGUGGGGACUGAGGAGGAUAAGCAAGACAAGAUGGUGGUUCAUCUGGCCAUGAAUAACGAGACUCAUUCAUCAAGGAAAAGAGGGCUGAAGGGACACGUUAGUCUACGUAUCAUGCAAAACACACAUGCCAUUGACAAAUACUCAAGAUUAAUAUUUCCAGGCACUUAUAUAUUUUUUAACUUAAUAUACUGGUCUGUUUUUUGCUGAAUAUGGUGAGGCAGGGAUUGACCCCAGAGAGGGUUAGAAGACUCUGUUGAGCUUUCUGAUACUACAUGGCAUCUGAGAAAGAAAACAAUUUUUUCCUGGUGCAACUCUGAAGCAUGAAGAUACUGGCCAUGUUUUUCCAAGAGGCGCUGUGCAUAACACUAUUGGAAACUAUUCACUUGUGCCAGUUGCUUUCUUUUCCCCAUCCCUCUCUUAAUUUAUGGUAGUCUCAUCUUUCAUACUUGAAACAGACACCUGUUGAACUCUGCUGCUGGAGUUACUUUACAAGUGGCACUAACAGUGACCCCCAGAAUUUCCAGGAUUUGAAA